AUGCAGGCCGAUAUACCGCGAAGGAUGCCUAGGCGUGCUCUUGUUCAUGCAGAUACGCAAAUGCGAAUGGCACAUACUGGUCACGAGAUGGUUGCCCCCUCCNCCACCACCCUAAACUACGGGACAGCAAAUAAGGAACGGGAACACGGCAUCGGGUGCAAAAACUCACAAAAAACAUGCGAAACUCCGGAUCGUUCGCUCUACAAUUCUACCAAUCCAUCCAACUUGUCCAGUCUCAGUGGGCUGGGUGAAUGUCAUUGGUCUAACCUGGUCAACCCAGCUGAUCUGAGUCCCGGAGUCAAGCAAGAGUCCGCCACCAAUACAUGCCCGACCAAUUCGGAAACCGGUAGAACGGACCAGGCCUGUUCCCCUCCCAGCCCGUCGGAUUUAAGUGAUUCUGUCGGUUUAGAACAUGUUCCGAUUGAGAGCGCGGUUACCAAUCCCGAGAUUUCUCCUGUCUCCGAAUCUGGGUUAUCCAAUCUGUCCCCCUGGUGGCCACUUUUAUUGACAUCAAUCCCUCCACCAGCAGUUUCCCUAAGUUUUCAAAAUGCCUUCCUCUAUCUACGAUUCUGGCGUCAUCUCCUGGCCCAGCUGAGUGCGUCCCCAAUCUCAACGCACACAUCACUGCUCGAUGGUCCUAGCACCUGUGAUCCCAGACUCCUGACCACUGAACCCAGAUCGUUCGACCUGCCUAAUCCAGUUUCCUGGGCUGCCAGUUCACCAACCCUGAUUGCAGGCCUGAACGAUGUUACCAGUAAUCUCCCCACCCAAUCCAGUCCCUUGAAUUUGGCUACGAAGGCAGAACGAAUGUGUUACGAUUGGUCCUCUUUGCCUGAAGAACCUCCGAAGGCGACUGAAUGUUCAAAGAGCAGUGACUCAGCUCGAGGAGGAAGAAAGAGUUUCUCCUCGAUAACUCCGUAUGAAACUCAUUGGGAGAGUCGAACAUCCAACGUGAAUGACGUACGACACAGUACACCGCGUGCAAUGGGCACAACCAAGUUGGUAGAUCGCACAAGUCACACGCCUGGAAGUGGGCAACGCGCAAUUUACAAAUGCUCACAUUGUGGUCGCGGUUUCAGCAAAGCUUAUAAUCGUACCAUACAUGAAAGAACACAUACGGACGAGCGGCCAUUCGGCUGCAACGUGUGCUCUCGGCGUUUCCGACGGAAAGACCAUUUGCGUGACCACAGUUACACACAUUUGACUUCGAAGCCGUUUGUGUGUAGCACCUGCAAUCGAGGAUUUUGUCAAUCACGCUCGUUGGAGAAUCACAAACGUACUAACCACACGAAUAGCUCGACUGUAUUGGCCUCACAACUACUUGCGCGCACGAAGAGCCCCGAGACCGAGCCACAGACACAUGUGAUCCGGGAUAUCCUGCAGAAAUCGGUGCUCGACAUCUCACUCGGUUCCAGAGACACGUCCAAUCACGAGUCGCAUCGUCAAGCCGUAUGA